CUGUCUGCUGUUGUACUCGGUAAAUUAGCAAAACCAUUUAAACUUCAGUAUGUGCGAAACAGUUUUUAUAUGACAAAGUAAUACCAAAAGAGCAACCUUAGACUAUUUCUUCGUGUAUAAUGCUUGAUAUUAAUAUUAAAAUGAAUGGUUUUUGAGUGGCCAUGCCAAAUAUUUUAUAUGUCGUGUAUGGCAACGUGGGAUUGGGAAGAUAACAAGGAUUUGACUUUUAUCCCUAAGACGUUUCAUUUGAUAAAAGGUGGUUUGAAACCGUUGUGAUACAGCGUAGUUUCCCUAGCUGAUCCAGCUGUGGGGUGCUAGACUGACUUGGUAGAAGGCUGGGGAAGAUCAUUAUCAAUGCACAACAGGAAGAAACGAGUGCCUUAGGAGUUAACAAUUUUGUGACAAUAAAAUAAUGAGUGAUGAAGAACCAUCUUCUGAUUUUGACCAAGAGCACUCAGAGGGUGCAGGUGAUCAGCCAGAGAAUGCCAGAAUCAGUUUACAGGAACAGGAAUAUUCUCCAAAAGUCAAUGGAAGACUGCAAAGACAACACAGAGUGUUUUACCAGAGAAAAGCCAAGAAAAUAGAACAGAUUUUGAGUAAAGAUCCAGUGGAUAUAGCUGAGCUCCGGCAGCAGUCAAUCAGUCGGGGUGGUCUUCUAACAGAUGAUCUGCGACGCAGAGCUUGGCCCAUACUUCUCAAUGUUAACGUCAAAAACAUCACACCCAAACCUGAGGCAGCCGUCUUGCAAGGUCACAGAGAUUACAGACAAGUAGUGUUGGAUGUAGAGAGAUCGCUGAGACGUUUUCCACCUGGUAUGGAGGAGCAGCAUCGUCUGUCUCUUCAAGACAGUUUGGUGGAUGUCAUCAUGAGGGUAUUAGUUAAGCAUCCUGAGCUGUAUUACUAUCAAGGUUUUCAUGACAUUUGUGUGACUUUCUUGCUGGUCGUGGAUGAAGAUAUGGCAUUUGCUUUGGUGGAGAAACUGUCACUUGGUCAUCUGAGAGAUUACAUGGAAGCUACUAUGGAAAGAACAACACAGGUUCUGAACUACCUACAACCAUUGCUCAAAAAGGCUAAUCCAGAACUUUAUGACUAUCUUGAAGGAGCUGAACUGGGAAAUAUUUUCUGUCUGAGCUGGAUAAUAACAUGGUUUGGCCAUGUACUCAACGAUAUCAAAUCCAUUCUUCGUAUAUAUGAUUUCUUCAUUGCCUGCCACGCACUAAUGCCCAUCUACCUUACUGCAGCUGUCGUUUUGUACAGAGAGAAGGAGAUUUUUGAAACAGAGCAGGAAAUGCCAUUUCUUCAUGCCCUCUUGUCCAAAGUCCCAGACAACCUACCCUUUGAACAGCUGCUUAGCAAUGCAGGGGAUUUGUACAUUCUGUAUCCACCUGUGGAGCUAGCAAAUGAAGCACUCAAGAGGUUCCGUCGGGCACAAGCACAGGCCGCAGCAAGAAAACAACUGGCACUACAGAAGAAUGCACAGAGGAAGUCUAUUUUACCAGAUGGAAAUGUGACAUUUGCAAAAGUGACUUGGUGGAUGCUAGGUGCCGUAGCUAGUGUAGCUGUGUAUGCACUGUACUCUUCUAUGGAUUGGGACUGGUCUUCAUGGAUUUCACAUGGGUCAUAAGGGAUCAUAUACUCCUUAUUUUCUAGAUGGUAGGUAGUGAUUUGUGUCCUGCAGGAAGUACAACUGUUUACAUAUUCUCCAUGAAGGUUUAGAAGUAUCAAACCAUGCAGUGUCUUUCAUUUUUAAGUUAUGUGAAUGCAUGUUGAUGUCAAAAGUUCUUAGUCCUUAUAUACAACAAUUUUUUUUUUAAAGGUUCAGUAAAACUGUUAUGUGCACUCAACAUAUGUGAACCAUUACUAAUAAGGGUACAGGUGUCUCCUGUAAGAGAUUUUUAAAAUGAUCCUUUGUGAACUCAGAGGGACAAAAUCUAUACAAUAACCUUACUAUUACAGCAACCACUUUUAUUCCUUUUUUUCCCUUCUUCAUUGUUGUCCUUAUAGUACUAUGGUAAUCUGGUGCCACAGUGUAAUGUGAAGGCCAUGGGUAAUGGGUUCAGGUCUCACUUUCAAAACAACCUCUUUCUGAAUAUUGUGCCUGUACAGGGAUUGGCUAAGUAUCUGGGAUGAAACCUCAGCUACUUAUUCUGUUUAAAACACCAACCUACCACUCACUUUGUAUUUUUGAUUAUUUGAUUUUAUUUGUUUCCUUUUUGAGUUAAUAAUAGAGCUGUGCGUGAUAAAAUUUUAGUGUACAGGGGAAAGUUUUUAAAGAUUGUUGGUGUUUGGAUUUGAAAACUUCUCCAUUAGCUGCAUUGGUGGAUAGGGUGCUAAAAAAUAUUUUGAAAUUUAGCUUGUUGCAAGUUACACCUUGCUGAACAAUUCACUUUACACAUUUUCACAGUAGUUAAUUGAAAUCGGAUUUUAUACCCAUCAGCACCAAUAUAAAAUGCAGCUCUUCAAAGAUUCUAUAAAUUUAACCUUGUCAAAAGGUUUACAACAUAAUUGAUAUUGAAGUAUUUUCUUGGACCCUUUCUUUUCAAACUACCUUGAAAUCUCGCCUCACAGACCAUAUCUUUAAGAAACGUCUUGCAUAAUCAAGCAAACUGUUCUGUUCCUUAUUCUUCAUUUUCAUAUAUGCAUGUUUAUGUUUAUUUUAGUAUUGACUGAAUUUUUUGUGUAUGCAACACAAGCUGGUACCCACACAGGGAAAUGUUCUUUACAAAUGUAUUAUUAUUGUGAAUCUACCAUGAGUGGAGGUGUAGGCUAUUUAGAGUUAUAGAACUGAAUGAUUGUCAGGUUGUGAAGUAUAUAUAUAUAUAGAAAUGUAUGUACAGUAUUAGUGUUGAAUUUGAAGAUGGCAUAAGUGUUUAAAUAUUUACAAACAUUUGCCUGCAGAGACUGAAUGGGCAAUGCCUUUUGAAGGUGGGACGACUGAUAGAUGAGAAAACCUUGCCUUGGUUUGGUCUGUUCUGACUGGAUUGUUGUAGGCGAGACAAUUUUGGCUGAUGUUAGACUGUGAAUACUGAAUGAUAAAUUGUAUAACUGGUAAAAGUUUUGAAAUGUGUGAUUUUUGAAAUUUUUAUGAUCAUUUCCUAACUUGAUCUGCCCUUGUAUCCUUUGAGGAUACUGAGUACCUUUCUGGAUGGAUCUAGUCAUUAGUUAUGAUUAGCUAUCAGUUUGGAUUCCAUUAUGUUUGAUUCAAAUUAUGGCGAAGAGUUCCUCAUUCCAGAUUCUGUUUGUAAAAUUAAUGUAGUGCAGAGAGUGAUGCAUAAUAUUGAAUGUUUGGUUUAAGUAACUAAGAGAAUAAUGCUCACCUGAGUAUCUUUAGUGAAGCAUUUUUUUUAUGCUGGGUGAGGAGGGUGGGGAAUUGGUGUUUUACACUGAGCCAGCAACUAAGGUUAUAGCACAGGAAGGCAGUCAGCCCUGUAAACAUAUUCCACAUGCAGUGUGCCUGAGACGAGAGCUAAACCAGGAUAGCCAACCUUCACAAUAUUGGUGACAUGCGCUAACUAUUGUGCCACUGGGCAGUCCUUUUUAUAUUGGAAGAAGGAAUAUUCAGUACACAUGCCACAACUUUUGAAAGGGAAAAAAAUGAGGUCUUCAUUCUAUAAAUGAAGAGUUUGAUGAAGGUGUUAUGAUUACAUUUAUUGUUCAUUGGUGUGUCAGUUAUUUUGGAAGAACAUACUCAGCUGUUUUCAAGGUAUUGUUUCACUCCAGUGCUUUGUUAUCCACCUUAAAAAAUGCACAUGUACAUAUCCUUAUGUGACCAAAAUGUAAAGACCAAACUUGACCUGAUUGCCUUUCUUUUUUUAAGUAAAACUGUGGCUAAGUAGUUUGUAAUUGCCAUGUAAUGUGCAGUGUAUUGAUAAAGCAGAGGACAUGACCAUCGAUCAUAAGUUGACCAUGAAAUCAAUGAUAGCACAUUCAGAGAUGCUAGUCUUACAAACCUCACAAGGUGCAUGCUAUAGCCUCAUGAUUAUGCGCUUGUUCAGUGCAGAAGAUUGUCAGAUCAUGGUUUGCUAAGGCCUGUACCUGGAAAAUUACUUUUGCACACCCAUCAGAUGAAUACCUGAUGCACUGGAGAUGGUCAAAGGCAGCUGGCUGAGCUCCACCACCAAGAAGUCACACUAUAGAUUAGGUGAAUUUAGAGUUUACUGCCAAUAAUUUAUGGAAACCUUUUUCUUACAGUCUAGUUAGUGCUAUCAACUGCUGAUGCCAUUUUUCUGCAUGAAAAUUUCACCAGUAACAGCUGUAUGCCUGGUAUGCAUGGCAGAAAGUGUUCCAUUGAUGCAGUGCACUUUUUGUUAUUAUUCUGUGAAGAUUGUCAAUCCUGAUGAAUGAAAUCUAUGAGACACUGCAAGGGUUCAAAGAUGUUCUGACAAACCAAUAGCCAACUCCCUGCCAGCAGUAGGGAUUUCCAAGAUGAGUAGAUAAAUGAGUGAUAAACCAGCCAGAGUGUGAAUGGGUGAGGGCAAUGGUUUGACGGGGAGGGGAUGCUGUAUUCUCACCAACAAGGGCAGACAACAGAACUGGCAGUUUUAGUACUUCCUGAGUGAAUAUAAAGCACAGUUGUAGGAUGUAGGAAAUUUAUGGAGAUAUCUCAUGGCCAGGGUUUUAAAAAGUUACAGUAUAGUGUUUUUAAAAAAAAAGGACAGGCUUUUGGUGCUGAACAUAACAGCAUUAUUCUCGAAGCCAUGGACGUAGAUAGGUUCAUGUCGAAGCUGUAAUUCAAUUACUGAAAUUACUUAUCUGUUUUUUUAAAAGUCAAAUGGAGCUUACCUGGUUUGUCAAUGGGUGGUUCUUUAAAAUGAUGUCGUAGGUGGCUGGAGAUCUGUACUAAAGAAAUACUCUUAUUUUGAACUUGCUGCCUAGCUCUAAUCAAACAUGGUGUUAAUCUUUUGAACCAAGCUAAUUGAAAGCCUGGUACUAUUUUCCUGGCUGUUGGAAAAUCUAUCCUUCCAUACUACUGAAGAUAUUUAAGACAUCUCCCAAUUUUUGAACAUGUUCAAACUGAUUAUUUCACCCUUACAAUGGUAUGGAUGCUUUUGGGACAUUGCAAGUUGGGGUGAAAAUCAGUUUUGUGUCAGCAUGAAACGAAAAAUGUUUUAGAAUGCAAGUCACAUUUUUCAUCUUCUCAUCCCGUAAGUGGUACCUGAGGUAGCAGACAAUGUGGAAAUAAUGUGAUGCAUCAGAGAUGAACUCAUGCCAGUGGAGCCAGUCUUCUGCCUGCAUGAGUAGGUCUUCCAGUGGACAAAACCUUUUACUCCUUCAGUGAUGAGUCACAUUAUUACACACACAGAUGUCAUAGAUUUUGAUCGUUUUAUACAGUAAUAAAGAUUUGUGUCUAAUAUCAAUGUCACACAAAAAAAUCAAUUGCACUGUUCACACAGAGAUGUCAUUUCCCCUUUAUUUUUAUUGAGUGUUGAUGAGCCUUCAGAGUUGUUUUAGUGUGGUGUACUACUUAAGAGUUGGUGUAAAGUGAAGAUGUAGAUACUAUAAAGUGAUGUUGGCUUGAAACCAUCCACAAAUAGA